CCCAGCAGUGCACGUCUGCUUGAGACAGGAGGACAGACAGCAGGCUCCUGGGAUCACCCAGCAUGUGGCGAGGGCUUCUUUUGACAGCCACUUUCCUCCUUUCUCCACUUCCAGUAAAUUCUAUAAAAGAACUCCCUGGAGUGAAAAACUAUGAAGUGGUUUAUCCCAGAAGACUUCAUCCACUACAUAAAAGAGAAGUCAAGGAUCCAGGUCAACAGGAACAAUUUGAAACUGAAUUGAAGUAUGAAAUGACAGUUAAUGGAAAAAUCGCAGUGCUUUACUUGAAGAAAAACAAGGGUCUCCUUGCACCAGGCUACACGGAAACAUAUUAUAAUUCCACUGGAAAGGCGGUCACCACGAGCCCACAGAUCAUGAGAAGAAGACGGAUGAAGUGGUAUAAGGAGUGCUGUAUCCUUGCCGUCUAUUCUGAGGAAGUUUUUCAAGCGUUUUCCUCCAUAGCAAUGCACAGAGGUUUAUGUGGGCCAAUACCUCACCUGUUCCAAAGCAGAAAGGUGAAUUUGACUGAAGAUGACUGUUAUUACCAAGGACACAUCAUUAAUGAAAAUGUUUCUGAUGCUAGUAUCAGCACAUGUAGGGGUCUAAGGGGCUACUUCAGUCAGGGAGAUCACAAGUACUUCAUUGAACCUUUAAGCCCCACAACUCAGGAUGAACAGGAACAUGCACUCUUCAAGCACGAUCCUGAUGAACAGAAGACUAACAGCAACUGUGGGAUGGAUGACAUGUUAUGGGUACCUGAAAUUCAUCAGAAGGCAGUCCCAUCGGCCACCAGUCUUGUUAAAUCCAAAGACCAGAAGGCGUGGGAACAAAAUAAAUACAUAGAAUAUUUUUUGGUCCUGGAUAAUGGUGAGUUUAAAAAGUACAAUCAAGAUCAAGAGGAAAUAAGAAAGCGGGUGUUUGAGAUGGUCAAUUACAUCAACAUGCUUUAUAAAAAGCUCAAUACUCAUGUUGCCUUAAUCGGGAUGGAAAUCUGGAAUGACAAGGAUAAGAUAAAGAUAUCCCCCAAUGCAAGCCUCACCUUGGAAAAUUUUGCUAAAUGGAGGGAGGGUGUCCUCCUAAGAAGAAAGCGUCAUGAUGUUGCUCAGUUAAUCACGGCAAGUGAAUUUUCUGGAACAACUGUGGGCCUUGCUUUCAUGUCUACAAUGUGCUCUCCAUAUCAUUCUGCUGGCAUUGUUCAGGACUACAGUCACAACAUGCUCAGCGUUGCAGGGACCAUGGCCCAUGAAAUGGGCCAUAACUUCGGAAUGUUUCAUGACACCUAUGCUUGCAAGUGCCCUUCUACAGUAUGUGUGAUGGACAGAGCGCUAAGCUUCUAUAUACCUACGGACUUCAGUUCCUGCAGCCGUGUCAGCUAUGAAAAAUUCUUGGAAGAUAAAUUAUCCAAUUGCCUCUUUAACGUUCCGCUGCCUACAGAUAUCAUAUCCACCCCGAUCUGUGGGAACCAGUUGAUAGAAAUGGGAGAAGACUGUGACUGUGGGACCCCCGAGGAAUGUACCAACGUUUGCUGUGAUGCAAAAACAUGUAAAAUCAAAGCAAAUUUUCAAUGUGCGGUAGGGGAAUGCUGUGAAAAAUGCCAGUUUAAAAAGGCUGGCGAGGUGUGCAGACCAGCAAAACAUGAGUGUGACCUGCCCGAAAUGUGUGAUGGCAAAUCUGGUCUUUGCCCUGAUGAUCGAUUCCAAGUCAAUGGCUUCCCUUGCCAAAAUGGGAAGGGCUACUGCUUGAUGGGGAUGUGCCCCACCCUGGAGGAGCAGUGCACCGAGCUGUGGGGACCAGGAACCCAGGUUGCAGAUAAGUCAUGUUUUAGCAGGAAUGAACGAGGGUCAAGUUAUGGGUACUGUCGAAAAGUGGAUGACACACGCAUUCCCUGUAAAGAAAAUGAUGCCAUGUGUGGGAAGUUGUUCUGUAAUGGUGGGUCAGAUUAUCUGCUCUGGAAAGGACGUAUAAUAACGUUCCUGACAUGUAAAACAUUUGAACCUGAAGACAGCAGUCAAGAAAUCAGCAUAGUAGCCAAUGGAACCAAGUGUGGAGAGAAUAAGGUUUGCAUUAAUGCAGAAUGUGUGGAUGUCGAAAGAACUUACAAAUCGGCCAAUUGCUCCUCUAAAUGCAAAGGACAUGCUGUGUGUGACCACGAGCUCCAAUGUCAAUGUAAAGAAGGAUGGGCCCCUCCUGAUUGCGAUGGUUCUUCCGUGGUCUUCAAUUUCUCCAUUGUGGUUGGGGUGCUGUUCCCUGUGGCCGUCCUAUUUGUGGUGUUUGCUAUAGUAACCCGAUACCAAAGCACCAGAGGAAAGCAGAAGGAAGUCCAGAGGCCACUGUCUACCACUGACACCGGGCCACACAAGCAGAAGAGGAAACCACAGACGGCGAAGGCUGUUCAACCCCAAGAGAUGAAGCUUGACACACCUGACCUUCUGGCAGAAGAGGAUGCACCUCCAGCUUCUGUUCUAAUUACAAAGCCAGAUUUUUCUCCACCGCCAAUUCCUACAUCUGUGUCAUUCUCUUUCCUUCAUAAAGACACAAAAGGACUUUCCUCUACUGUUUUCAAGGAUAAGCUAAUGUCUACCCUGAAGGGCUCCAAUCCAGAAGUCUGAAGUAACAGCUAAGCAAGGAUUGGUGGGUAAAUGAUCAAAUUAGAAGACUGGACAAUCUGGAUGGAAGAGAAAUGUACUAAUAUUGCUCUGGACACUCAAGGAGGUUACUAUUUCUUGGUUAUACUUUGAAGACAUAAAACUUUCGAGACAUACUCUUGAUAAUCUUUGUAUGAAUUAAAAUUUUCUGUUCUCUAUACUCAUGGAAAAGAGGAUGGCUCUAAAGAAAGAGCUAUAAAGCUGAAAUCUCUAAGUGAAUUUCCUAACCUUUCCCACACACUCCCCCUUUUUUACUGUGAUGUUGACUAAUAUUUGUUAAAGGGUUUUGAGUACCUUGAUUUUCUCAUUCAGUAGGAAUUAAUUCACCCUCUAGUGAAAACAAAAAACAAGAAAUCACAGGAAACUGGGAAGGAUGGGAGAAAAUUGUAUACUCCUUAUUCCACGACUAGCAAUAGCUUAAUUGUUUGAACCCUGAAACUGUCAAAUUAGAACCCUCAGUUACAAAGAAAAUUAUACAACCGUUCUCUGGUUUAUAUCAUGUCUUUUUCCUACCCUACAUUAUCUUUUGGAAUUCUUAUUAGCUGUGUCAUUGGAAGUUCACUACAGCUGAUGAAGACUUUAUUAAUUGUUUUUUUCAUAGAAAUUUGUAUAAUUCAGUUACUGGUAAGCUUAAAGUGAACAUUACUUUCUAAGUAGAAAAAGUUUUAGUUAAAUAAAUUAGUAACGUAAACCGGAAGUUGUAAACUGCUGACCAGCAGGAUGUGUCUGGACUGCAGAUUUAUUUUAUUUGGCCUCAAUGAUUUUGGCCAAAAAGUAUCUUUUAAUGUUUGUUUUGAAUGUACUGCCAAUAUUUAAAACUUGGGAUAUCUUACGUAAACAUCCAGACCUCCAGCAUUUUAAAAGUAAUCAAAUGCUUUGUCAACACUGGAAUCACAUUGCCCACAGCAACCAUCAGCUUAAGACAGACAGGUGAUGGAACAAACAUUGUAGGUUACCUACCAAAAACGCCUUUCUUGCUUUUCAGAAGCCAAAUUUUGUUCAGUUUUCCAUAUGCAUUCCCAUUUUCAUGCAUGCAUGAAAAGAUAAUCUCUGUAAUAACCUAUAUGGGAAAAGAAUCUGAAAAAGAAUAGAUAAAUGAAUAUGUAUAACUAAAUCACUUUGCUGUACAUCUGAAACUAACUAACAUAACAUGGUAAAUCAACUAUACUCCAAUAUAAAAUAAAAAAUUAAACAAAAAAGAUAAUCCUAACUCCAUCUCCUGGAUACAUUUCUAUCACUCUAAGUCAAUCACAAUAAUCUCAUUUCCUUUAUCAGUGGUUGAUUGAUUUGGAGGUAAGUAUAUUAACCCACCCUACCCCCAUCCCCCGCUUUUUUGCCAGUGGGACAAGACAGGAGAUAUGCUGGGGAAUUUCUAGGAAAGGUAUCCUUGUCCCUUCUGGCUAUUUGGAUAUCCUAUCUGGUAUUGUUGCAGCCAUGUUGUGAUUAUGAGGGCAUGGCUGCUAUACUGAAUAAGAGAGAGCAGAAAAAUGAAAAGAAUAAAACCUGGUCUUUUAAUGAUGUCAUGAACUGGUAGAUUAAUGACUGCCUGCAUCACCAUGUACUUUCUUGGGACUUCUGUUGC